AUGUCCACAGCCAUUUCCACUUCAAAUAAACCAGCAGACCUCAUCUGUGCAGAAAUUUUACGUUCACCAUCUUUACUUUCUCCCCAGCUCACUCACUGGCGGCCAGCAGACUCUCCCAGAACUAGGGAAGGUCGGGAAGUGCGACGGUGGUUGGAGGUGUAUUCCCGCAGCGGCUGCGAGCCUCGCGACACUCUGGUGGAAGUUUGGCGGGAGUUGCCGGGGGAGAUCCACCACCUCUUCGUCCCGUCCUGUGUGUCUGUGAAGCGAUGUGGUGGCUGCUGCGCCGAUGAGGCCUUGGAGUGUGUGCCUUUGCUAACACACACCCUCACCAUGGAGCUGAUGAGAACGUCCUUCAUGAAACACGAGCUCAUCGAGCUGCCCUUCGUAGAGCACAACCAGUGCGAGUGCAGGUUAAAGGAACAGUUCCAGCCAACACCCACUACCAGGCUCCAUUUGAAGCCAGCAGGAAAAGACAGGAAAAAAGAGGGGAGGAAGUCCAGGCAGAGGAAAACCGGAUCCGUCAGAUCUGUAACCCAUGCUCCUCUGAUUCCUCCCUCCACGUCUUCUCCUCCUCCACCUCCUCUUCACACCACUCUACCUCCGCCUCCUCCUCCUCUUUCCUCCUCACUGAAGCCUCGGUGCCGCAUGUACAGUUCUCAGAUGAAGGAGCUCUCAGCGAGAACCCAUGCUCCUGUGAUUCUUCCUUCUAUGCCCCCACCUCCUCCAUCUCUUCGUCCUACCACCCUAAGCCCCUCUCUGCCUCCGUCCCCGACACCUCGGUGCCGCCCCUGCAGAGGAAGGAAGUGGGCCCUGGAUGAAACGUCGUGUCAGUGCAGAUGCACCCUCAAAGCCAAGAACUGCAGCCGAAAAGGCCAGACUCUCAACUCCCGUCGUUGCAAGUGCGAAGUGACGAGGACUUGAUCCGUCCAGCCACUUGCUUCAUAACCCACCAAAUAUCUUUAGCUCCAUCACCUGCUCUGAGCAUCAGUGCCAUGGACAGCGCAGAUGGUCGGGCGUCCAGUAUCAACCAGAAGGAUGUAUUAGUAGAAGCACACACUAGAACCUGUAGUCGUGCAUCAUUACACCCUUAAUGUGCUGUAGAUCUGUACGUGUCCAAGCUUAUUUUCCACCUCAUCGCUUCUGUGGCAGAGCUUCGUGUAUGCGUGUGUGUGCGUGUGCGUGUGUGUGUGUGUGUGU